AGUGAGUGAGAGAGAAAUAGAAAUAGAGAGAUAACGAUCGAGCUUCUUCGGUUCAGAGUGGUGUGUCCUUCUCCGUGAGUACUUUGCCUGGUCCAUCGUGUGAUCGUACGAAUGUCGCGACGCGAUGUCGCCCGAUAACGGACGCGUCGAGCCGCGAAACCUGGCACUCGACGUCACGGAUAUCAUCGGUUCCUCCUGACAAUAUGAGCCUCGUCAAGCAUUGUCGUACUACGCGAUCGCUAAUAAGAGUACUAUCACUAUUGGUACUGCAGGUGUUGGCGAGUGUUCUCCUCGACAUCAUCGCAGCCACUGUCGCCGUCGCCGUCGUCGUCGCCGUCGUCGUCGUCGUCGUCGUCGUCAUCAUCAUUAUCAUCAUCAUCGUUAUCAUUAUCAUCAUCAUCGACAUCAACAUCAACGCUGUCGUCGUCGUGAAGCAUCCUGCGAUUCCUAUUGUUGCUCUCAAGAUCGUUGCUGACUCAAGAUCUCUAUUCUAUUUAUCAAAGGAUUAUUAACCUUCAAGGAGAACUCCGUGCUCGCGAGUGUGUGCUAUCGUGUCCGUUAAAACCACCCUAAAACACGUGCGACCUUUCCCGUGGGAUUAUCGUUCCUCCUGUGUAUUAUUAUUCGUGUGUCACGAAGGACGACCAUUCGUCCUUCUCUAUAUUCUUCUUCGUUGUUUACGUUUUUACUAUCGGUUUUUUACAUUGAUAUUACUACCAUUACUACACUACUACUACUACUACUACUACAACUACUAUUUGGUGCUUCUUAUACAAUUCUUCGUUUUAUGUGUUUACGAAAGAUCGUGCAUUUAUUUUCUUCUAUCUUACGUUAUUACUAUUAUAACAUAUACACAGUGAGUCACGGAUAUCGAGCGAUGAUGGCAGCGUUCAUGAUCGCCAGCAGCACCAUGGAUCUUUGCCUCAGCACUGUGGUGACGAUGUGCCGCGCUUUCGCGAGCACCUCGACCGAUGUUACGAAUUGGAGCGUUACAAGGACGCAAGAGAGUACCUCAACGCCCAGGGAAAUCGAGUUAUCGAGCUCCAGGUCGAGGACAGGAUCAAGAACGAGGUCGAUCGUAAUCUGCCUUACACUGUUACUAACAAUGGAAGCGAGGAGCAUAGAGGGUACGAACAUGACAAACGCGUCCUCCUCCUCCUCGUCCUCGUCGUCAUCCUCCUCGUCCUCGUCGUCCUCGUCGUCGUCAUCAUCCUCAUCCUUGUCGUCGUCGUCCUCGUCGUCGUCCUCGUCGGUUGUGUCGACGUUAAAGCCGAUUACAACGACGGAAGUAGUUUAUCAACGAUUCGCCAUCGAGCCAAUGGAUCAAACCGCGGUGGUUGGUAGUAGGGUGACGCUUCCUUGCCGAGUUCUUGAUCAAAAGGGACCGAUUCAAUGGACGAAGGACGAUUUUGGCCUUGGUGCUGUUAGGAAUCUCACUGGAUACGAACGUUACGCUAUGAUCGGUAGUGACGAAGAGGGUGAUUUUUCAUUACACAUAUAUCCGGUUGAGCUUGAGGAUGAUGGCGUUUAUCAGUGCCAGGCUUCGCCGACGAACGAUGGUCAGCCAGCCUUACGAUCGAGAUUUGCUCGUUUGAGCGUGUUAGUGCCGCCUGAGCCACCGAAGAUCCUUCAGGGUGACUUUCUCGUGACGACCGAGGAUCGAGAGCUCGUAAUCGAGUGCGUUAGUGUUGCUGGAAAACCACCGGCUGAGAUCACGUGGAUCGACGGGCGAGGCAACGUGCAACAUAGAGGUAUAGAAACCACCAAGGAACUCUUCGAUGGUGGCCCUUUGUACACGGUGAAGUCGGUUCUGAAAGUGAUGCCACGUAAGGAGCACGACAAUACCACCUUCACGUGCCAAAGUCAAAACGCGGCUGAUCGGACGCCGCAAAGUGCCAAGUUACGUGUCGAGGUACGUUACGCACCAAAGGUGUCACUAAAAAUCCGCGGCUCUGGAGUAUCGGAUAAGAAACGUAUCGUCGAGGGAACAGAAUUGAGGUUCAAAUGUCGCGCCGAGGGCAAUCCCCCGGAUAUGGAGUACAGGUGGUUUAUCAACGAGAAAAAGGUCAUCGGAGACUAUACGACGGAAAUGAUCAUUCACAACGCGACGCGGGAUCUUCACGAUGCGAUCGUAAAGUGUGAGGUUCAUAACGAUGUCGGCAAAAGCGAAGAAACUGAAACUCUAGAUAUAACAUACGGACCACAAUUUCGACAUCCGCCAGUCUCCGUAGAAACACACUAUGGCGCAACGGAAAUCUUGCAGUGCGACGUCGAUGGAAAUCCCACACCCGAGAUUCUAUGGUUCCAUGAGGAUUCGGAACACGUGGUAGCCACAAGCCCAAAUAUAAGCGUUUUCGUCAGUCCUGAGACAGCAGGACGUUAUUUUUGCAAGGCUCACGUACCAGGUUUUCCUUUACUGACGGGUUCCGCCAACAUUUACAUUCGUGGACCACCUAGCAUAGUGUCACAAAGGAUUCAGUACGUGCCGGACGAGGGAGUGGUCAAGGUAAAGUGCACUGCGAUAUCAGUGCCAAAAGCGGAAUCCGUAGUAUGGAGCUUCGCUGGUCGUGAGCUCAAUUUCUCGUUGAACAAUACGCCGUUCUACGUUCAGGAAGAAUACACGGCGGAGAGGGUCGUCAGCACUGUCACAUUGGUCGAUCCAGUAUCCACCUAUUUCGGGGAUUACAACUGUACGGUGACGAACAGUUACGGCACGGAUUCUGUCAUAAUCAACCUGACAGCACACACGUUGAUUCCAGUCGAUUUGCAACUGAUUCUCAUCAUCGUUGGACUCGUUGUCUGCGUGAUCCUGAUUGGGAUUAUUGUUCUACUCAUUCUACAAUGUCGCGAUCGUAUUAAACAGCCACGACCGAGGACAGCACAAACGCAGGAAACUGAUAUGCAAGAAACGGACUCGAACGCGGAUCGAUAUCGCGAGAGCGAUAGAAGCAGCAAUCUCUCGGAUGUCAAAGCGGACAUACGAGCUGGUUCGAGCGUUAGUAAUGCGGAAAGCGUAACAGCACUUGACAGCGAGGGUGAAGGAAGCACUCGAGGAGUGAACGCGUUGGCACUUGCUGGGCCUGUUCCGAAUCCCCUUGGCUUUCGUUAUAGCGCAGACUACACGGAACCAUCCUUUCCACCAAAAAAUAACGACGGGAGCAACAAUAACGGCUAUGUGCCAUACGUGGAUUACACGCGGGACUACAUGCCACCAACAACGCAAGGAAUGGGAGCGUCACGGGAAUCCUUGAGCAGGAUACCGUCCGGUGGAAUCCUCGCAUCGAAGAAAAUUGGACUGAGUUCGGCGAACUUGGGAACAUCCACUCCACAAACAACGCCGGUCAUCGAUCCACGUUUUUCCGCGACCUAUGGCAACCCUUAUCUCAGGAUGUCAGCAGCUGAACAGCUGAGGCACGCGCCACACACGGCAGUGCCCGGAGUCACGCCAGCUCCGCCACCAUAUACUCAAGCGAUGAGGAUGAAUAGCUUAAACACCUUGAAUGGUGCUGGACCACAGGCGCCAUUGUCAGCGCAUUAUAUAACCGGAGGGCCAAACGGUGGAGUGGCAACCGUGAAGCGUACUUCGGCAGUAGGAACUUUAGCAACGCACGUAUGAGGCCAGGGGGUCUAUCCGAACUAGAACCAUCGACGAC